AUGGUAAAGGACAACCCACAGACCACCUGCAAAGACCUGCAGCAUCAUCUUGCUGCAGAUAGUGUCACUGUGCAUCGUUCAACAAUGCAGCACACUUUACACCUGGAGAAGCUGUAUGGGAGAAUCAUCCUUAUAGAGAACAAAGAGGAGUCUCUGGUUAGAGCCCAACGCCGCAGCACUGAGCUCGGCCUGAAGAACAUCGGCUUUCUUCAGGCCAAUUUGGAUUACUUCACUGCAUCGUUUCAGAUUGGGGUUGCACUUCAUGCAUGUGGGAUUGCAACAGACAUGGUGUUGGAGCACUGCAUCCAGGCAGGAGCCGCCUUUGUCAUCAGUCCUUGUUGCUACGGCUUCAUCCAGAACGCAGUCAAGUUCACCUUCCCCAAGAGCAAAAGGUUUCAGGAGACUCUUUCAUCCAAGGAACACAUGAUCCUCUGCCGCUUUGCUGAUCAAACCGCAGUCCAGCUACCAGCUGAGAGGCGUCUCAUUGGGAAACACUGCAUGGGCUUGGUGGACUUGGAUCGAGCUUGGGCUGCAGAGACUCAUGGGUACUCGGUGCAGGUGAUGACUAUGGAGCCUGAAAGCUGUUCACCAAAGAACAACAUGUUGGUGGGAAGCCCGCCACAGAGGACCGCGGAGCCAGCUGGACACAUGGAUGCAUAAUGAGGGCUGUGAAAUACUGCAGAGCUGAGCGUCUCCAUAAUCGAUGAAAAGGCUGCUCAGUGUAACAUGGCAGAGGCAUUCCUAUCAAUUUUUUUAUAGAGCCUUGGUUUUAUAGAAAAUGUCAAAUUUAAUAAACUCAAAGCAAAAAGGAUGGAUGUUUUUAAUGCUGAGCUAGAGCUACUUUGUUCUCAGCUACAUGUUGCCUUAAAAAGAUAAAAGCUUUCCACCAAUUACAGUAUCGUCCUUGUGUCUUUGCUUACGCUCUGUAAUCAAGCUGAAAUUUAUGCUCACAAAGUUAAUUAAGCACUCCGUAUAUCCAGAUUGCAGCCAAACUGUAAGAAUUUUGAUCAAGAACAAUUCACCCCCACUGUUCGGCUUUGCUUUGUUAUAAAAAAAAAAACUGAAAGACUGGAGAAAGAAACUUCAGAUGUAGAAAACAGCUUUGAGUUCUUAAUUCUUGAGAUUGGAUCAAUGACUUUAUGUGGAGAACCUGAAUAUUAUAUCUUAAUGGCUGCUGUUUUUGUAGAACUAUAAGCAUUUUCUGACUGAUUAAUAUUCUUAUUUUAUACCUAAAAACUCUAUAAAAUGUUGGAUUUUAUAUAAUAUACAUUUGGACAAGA